AUGGCUAGGGUUCUUCUCCUUAGCAUGGUGCUAGCUGACCUGUGGAUGUUAGGAUUAACGCAGCCACCUGCAGCUCCAAGUCCAGCGCCUUCAGAAGGUGGGACAGUAAUCCCUGCAAAUCAUUCGAUCAGGCGGAUAGCAAGACAUCAUCCUGACAAGUCUGAGGCAGGUGGAGAUGUGAUUCUCGGUGGAUUCGUCGUAGUCGUUGUUGCAGUGGUUUUGUGCUACAUUCGUGUCACGAGACGAAACCAAGUCCAGGAUGCCUGA